AGUGGUGUGAGCUGACAGGUACGCUUCAUAAAUAACUAAAGAAAACACAGUUAGCCUUUAAUUCUCCUCAAGAGAAAGCUUGAGAAUAUAUUAACGCUAUUUAACAAUAUAUGAGUCAUUUACAUUCGUUCAGAUUUGUCCAAACAGGCUAACAGUGCAGCUAAAGUUUAGCAUGUCCUCUGUCAGCCUUCAGUAGACAUUAGCUCAAUACAAGAGGACAGGCAUACAGCAGCAUUUAUUACACAAUGUCUUCGUGUAAAAGGUUGCUUUACCUUGCAAAGCACAGGAGUUUGUGGACGCAAGUGCGGAGAAAUGUCACAACAUGGUCACCUGUUGGAGCUGCUUUUAACACCAAACCUCACAGGAGACUGGAGCUGCUAGAGAAAAACAAGGGUCUGUUUGGAGUACCAGAGCUGAAUUGUCCUGCAGGUUUCCAGGUGGCCACAGAAGCAGCUCUUAAAAACACCAAACUCCUUGUGGAAAGAGCUUGUUCCCACGCUCCAGGUGUUGAGACUGUCGCAGCUUUUGACCAGCUCUCUGAUGGUCUUUGUAAAGUGGCUGAUCUGGCAGACUUUGUAAAAGUGGCACAUCCAGAUCCAGCAUUUCGUGAGGCCGCAGAGAGGACCUGUGUAGAGAUUGGCACAGUUGUAGAGAAGCUGAACACAAAUGUGAAGCUGUGCAAGAGCCUCAAGAAUCUGCUGGACAACCCAGAUGUUGUGGCUCAGCUGGACCCUGACUCAAGGCGAGUGGCAGAGUUGUUCAUGUUUGACUUUGAAAUCAGUGGGAUUCAUCUUGAUGAGAAACUGAGGAAGCAGGCUGUUGCUCUUCACGUGAAGCUGUUGGAUCUUAACAAUGAGUUCCUGGUUGGAUCUCACAUGUCCAACAGAAUUGCAAGGUCUGCAAUUCCUGAGCAUCUACACCUGCACUUUGCAAGUGAAGGAAGCUUCAUCCAAGUUGGAGGACUACAUGCAGAUUCCCCUGAUGACCUGGUGCGAGAAAUCGCCUACCGUAUUUACCUCUAUCCAAACGCAGAUCUGAUGGAGUGUCUGGACGAGCUGCUGAAAUGCAGAUACAAGCUGGCCAAACUGGUUGGAUACGAGUCAUACGGACACAGAGCCCUGAAGGGAACGAUGGCCAAAACACCAGAGACGGUGAUGAGCUUUCUUCAGUUGUUAACUGACAAGCUGUCAGACAGAACAGCAAAAGACUUCAAGAUGAUGGGGGACAUGAAGAAGAGACUCAACCCUCGUAAUGCUGAGCUCAUGCCAUGGGAUCAUCCCUUCCUCAGUGGUGUCUUGCGUGCUGAAAGGUAUAACAUCGAGCCCAGCCUGUACACUCCCUAUCUGUCUCUGGGUGCCUGUAUGGAGGGUCUGAACAACCUCUUCUCUCAGCUGUACGGUGUCUCCCUCAUGUCUGAACACCCGAACGCUGGAGAGGUCUGGAGCGAAGACGUCCGCAAACUGGCUGUGGUACAUGAGACAGAGGGAUUACUGGGAUAUAUCUACUGUGACUUUUUCCACCGGACAGAUAAACCUCAUCAGGAUUGUCACUUCACCAUCCGUGGUGGCCGCUGGUGCCAGGAAACGGGUCAGUACCAGCUGCCGGUUGUGGUGCUGAUGCUGAGCUUACCCCACCCCACCAAGAGAGCCCCCACCCUUCUCACCCCCGGCAUGAUGGAGAAUCUCUUCCACGAGAUGGGACACGCCAUGCAUUCUAUGCUGGGACGCACUCACUACCAGCAUGUUACAGGAACCAGAUGUGCGACUGACUUUGCUGAAGUCCCUUCAAUCCUCAUGGAGUACUUUGCCACGGACUAUCGAGUCAUCAGCCAGUUCGCACGUCAUUAUGAAACCGGACAGCCUCUGCCCCAGAGUAUGGUGGCUCGCCUGCGUGAGUCGAAGAAGGUGUGCGGAGCCGCAGACACCCAACUGCAGAUUUUCUAUGCUGUCUUGGACCAGAUCUACCAUGACACACCUCAGAACCGCUCCACCACAGAAAUCCUGGAGGAGAUGCAGCAGAAAUUCUAUGGCUUGCCUUAUACGCCCAAUACGGCGUGGCAGCUGAGAUUCAGCCACCUGAUUGGAUAUGGAGCCAAGUACUACUCCUACCUCAUGUCCCGGGCUGUGGCUUCAAUGGUGUGGAAGCAGUGCUUCGUUCAGGAUCCUUUAAAUAGGGAAAUGGGUGAGCGUUACCGUCGGGAGAUGCUGGCCCACGGAGGAGCCAAGGAGCCCAUGCUGAUGGUAGAAGGGAUGCUGCAGAGACGGCCCACCAUGGAGGACUUCGUUGACGCGCUGGUGUCGGAGCUCAACCCAGACUUUGAGACCUUCAUCAUGGACUCUGAAAGCUGAGAGAGGUUUUUGGCAACGUGAUGGACUUCAACCCUUUAUGAGUGAAAGAUAAAGCACUAAUUAUACACAGAGAGGCAGAGCCAGGGGGUUAAACACAUGAAGCAUUUUUACUGAGUCUGUAAUUUAAUUGUAAGCAUUUUAUAUGUUAUUGGCCUGUAUUAAAGUCACAUUGACUUAUAUGAUAUAUGAGGCUAAAUCUGAUGUCACUAUUAAAAAUUUGCU